AUGAACAGAAGGCGGGUGCACGUGAAAAGAAAUGACGGCGACAAACUUCGUGUGAUUUGUAAAGGGCAAGGCUGUGAGUGGUAUGUGUACUUGAGGAAGCACGAAAUACACAACGGUCGGGAUUACGUCGUGAUGAAUAUGCAACGCGAUCACGCGCACACAUGCUCUCAGGUGUUGGAUUUGAAGUGGCUGACGGCAAAAUGGCUAGGUGAGCGUUAUAUGAAGAAGAUCAAAGCCAGCCCUCACAUUCCACUUGCAGCUAUACGGCAGUGUGUCGAUGAAGAUUUUGGCCUGAAGAUAGGUAGGAUGAAGGCAUAUCGGGCCAGAGAGCAUGCAUUGGACGGCAUAUUCGGCUCUGUGGCAACCCAAUACAGAAACUUGUUCUACUACAAAGCUGAAUUUGAGCGGAUGCACACUGAUUCCAGCAUACAUAUACAUUAUGAGAAUACGAGGGAUGGCGCCGUAUGUCCGAGAUUCCUGAGGUUCUACUGCUGUCUAGGACCAUUGAAAAAGGGAUGGAUGCAGUUAUGUCGGACAAUUAUCUUCUUCGGCGCUUGUUUCUUGCAAGGGAUGUACAAAGGACAGCUCAUGACAACAAUGGGGAUUGAUUCCAACAAUGGCUGGUGGCCGAUUGCUUGGGCUGUGACUGAGGCCGAGAGUUAUGUCCAGUGGAAGUGGGUCGUGGAGUACUUAUCUGAUGACCUUAACUUGCAUGCAAAUGGCCCACGAUAUGUGUUUAUGUCUGACCAACAAAAGGGCCUUGCAAAGUUGAUUGUUGAGGAAUUCCGACAGAGCGAGCAUCGCUUCUGUGUUCAGCACAAAUACAACAAUUUCAAGAAGAGAUUUGUCGGAAAAUUUCAAAGACCGGUUACGGGAGAUUACCUCGAGUACCACCCUCGAACAUUAUGUGGACAAGAUGGAUGCUUUGCAGACCGACCAAAGGAAGAAGGGGUAAAUCCAGUCACCACUCAUUCAGAAUUAACCACUGCCUUGCCUGUUAACUUGGAUGCGAGCGGUGAGGAGGAUAGCAACACAGCCAUCAAGAGUGAACUGGAAUCAAUAUCCGCAACUGAAGAGGAGAAAGCCAACAUGGCUGACCAAGAAAAUGAUCCCGAGAUAAGCUCGUUGUACGCUCACUUGGAUGGCGAACCACUGCAAGCAAUCGUCACGACCCUAUGA